AUGGUCAUCUUCGGAGGACUAGAACUCGUAGCUGCGGGCUAUGUUCUCCACGAGCUACACAAAGAUGACGAAAAGCCACGCAGCAGCGAGGACCGACGUCGACGCCGUCAUCGUCACGACUCACAAUCUCAUUCACACUCACAUCAUCGUCGCGACUCGGAUAAUCGACCCCGGCCACCUCGACCAGAAACGCUCGCACUCCCGAUCAUGGCGCCACUGAGGCCGAAUAGUGCUCCGCCACAGCAGACAUUCCAGCCUCGUCCUGGUGGAGGUGGAGGCGGAGGCGGACCAUUCCCGCCGGGACCUGGGGGACCAUGGAUGAAUCAAAUGCCCAUCCAGCAUCAGCAACAGAGACCACCAAAUCCACCACCCCAAGGACUUCCCCAUCCGCAGACUUGGCCACAUCCCAACGCCAACAAUGGACCACAGAACCAACCGCCGAACAGGCCGAUGUAUCUGGCGAGUGAUUUCCCACCAAACCCGCAUCAACAACAGCAGGCACCCCCACCACCACCACAACAACAGCCGCCUCCCGGCCCAGGAAACCUCGCACAUCGCCCCACGAUGCACUUCGACAUGAAGACCGGAAAAUGGCAAUUGGACAUGCUCCCGCCCGAAAUGCCACGCAGCGACAGCAUGCCCGCGGGACUCCUGAACAUCCCCAGCUCGCGCAACCGGAGCGCAAGCCUGCAGCCGCCGCCGUCACGAUUGCGGCAGGAAAGCCACCGUGGACACGGACACGCACGCGGCUCGUUCUCCUCGUCCGGCUCAGACUCGUAUUCUUCUGGGUCUGACUCGUCCAGCGACGACCGAGAUCUCGCGUACGGCUCUUUGCCUGGCGAGCGAAGGCGGCGCAGAGGACCCAUUCAGAGGAUCGUGUCGCGGGAGAGGGCGCGUCCAAUUCCCCCGCAGCAGCAGCAGCAGUUGGCAGGAGGUGGCGGUGGUGGGAGAGACUACUAUGGGCAGAGUUUGGGGGCUGGUGGGAACGGAGGCGGGAGGGGCUCAGCCAGUAUGCCUGUUGAGAUGCCGCAUCAGAUGCGGUAUGAAUUGCAGGGAUGA